UACUAGUAGGCGCGAGAUGGUAAACACACCUCUCAAUCAUGUGCUCCACAUCCCGACUAUCCUCGAACAAAUCCUUGCGCAUUUCACAACGGACUGGUCCGACGAACCUUUCCUAUGUGUGACACCACAGGUAGCGGCCGAGAGGACCAAUCGAGCGAGAGCACAGCGCAGGAUUUUGACUGGGCUAGUAUGUGUAUGCAAGUCAUUCAUGCGCCCAGCCCUCGAUCUCCUGUGGCAAAAUCUGGAUGAGGGUUUAGUCCGUUUGUUGCGUGUCUUGCCCUCCUUCAAGAAGAUUGGGAGCCACUACAUUGCUGAAGACAUCUCGCCAGAGCAGUGGAGCAGGUUUCAGGAGUACGCAAAGCGCGUACGCCGCCUCAAGUAUCCGGUUUCCGCGAAGUCCUCGAUACACCGGAUGACGUGGGCUAUGCUUGAACGCCAGACUGGCGGACAACCCUUACUGCCCCGUCUACAUACCCUCGUGGUUGCCGGCGUCGACGUCGACGAGCCGGCGGCGCUGAUGCUCCUCCUCUCGCCCUCUGUCCGAAGCCUCCGAACGACAUUCUCAAGUCUCACCACAAUGGCACACUUGAGGCGUUCGAAACCGUGGUCUGAGGCUACAGGUGUCCUCAUACAGCUGAUCGUCGCUGCGGCUCCUGCUCUGUCCUCCGUCUGGAUAGAAAACGGUCUUCCGAAAGAUCUCCCUUCUCGUUACCUAACCCCGUUUGCACGACUCGGGCAGCUUCAGACGCUUGACCUAGUGUACUCUGGGGCUGUUGUCGAUUACAAAACCCUACAGCACAUAUCGCACAUGACGGCUCUCCGAGUCCUUUGCCUACAGAUUUCCUUGGACGGAAUCGCGCCCUCCGACCCUCUCCAGCUGGGUGGGGCGUUCAAUGGUCUCGAGGAGGUCCAGUUCAAUGGUUCUGCCGACGACAUUCAUCGCGUCUUCGAAACCACCCUAUUCCCAAACGUGACAGGGCUCACACUGUGCAUACUAACAGUACCGACAGCGGAGGCCCUCAAGGACUUGCUCGUCGCAGUGUGCGGCAGGAUCUCUAGGUCCAUGUCCGAGACCUAUCUUACCAUCGGUGCUCCGAUGAACUCUCCGCCCGUCUCCUUGGCAGACAUCCUCCAAUCGUACCUCGCAUUCCGCGAAAUGCGCAUACUGCAAAUCGAAUUCAAUGACUAUGCUCCCUCCAUGGACGACCACGACUCCCUCGUGUUCGCAAGCGCAUGGCCUAACCUCGAGUCCUUCCAUUUUGAUUGCCCGACAUCGCAGGCCCGUCGACGUAUAGAGCACCCGAGCUACCCGACCAUCGCCGGGGUGACCGAGUUCGCGCGGCGGUGUCCUCGGCUGGCGAUCCUCACACUGCCCCAUCUGGACGUCAGGACUCUCCCAUCACCACGCUCAGUGCCGCAGAUCGGGCAAGAGUCGUUGCGCCACCUGCAGAUCGAACAGUACCACGGCGGGGAGACAGCGAACCUGCUCGACCUCGCAACCAUCCUCGACACCCUGUUCCCGCGUCUCGGACGGCAGCGCUCUGUCACCAUACGCGAGAGCGUGACAGGUGGUCUCUUCAGAACUGAGAAGGACAGACUCCCUUUCUACAUGACCAACCUGCUGCUUGCAGCGAUUUCGGCGCGCAGAGACCUUGCCGACGGGACGGAGCCUGUGGAUGAUGGGUCUGUCACACUGGCGGAGCACGAGAACGAGGGUGAAGGAAGUGCGCAGGUGCGGUGAUGAUGUUUGCGCAAUGUCUGAUGCAAUAUGCUGACACCUCUUUGAACAGGUCAUCGACGACGACACGUCGGAAAGCGAUUAUUGACCGAAUUUCCGGAGGGUGCUCUUUGUCAACGUGGAACUCAAUGUGCCACAAAAGCUAUGCAUGGGAAAGGACUUGCCGCAGGAAGAAAGCGUCUUGCCCUUGCUCCUCGUUACGAGGUGUCUGUUCACGGGACGUCGGACUAGUAUGCGUUCGACUAUGUUUUGAAGGGUCCCUACAGAACACGGUGAUCAAACUCGUCAGUACAGUGUGCGUCGUAUCAUGAUGAAUACCUUCGCCUCGUGUGUGCAAUGGCUGCUCGAGCGUGCUAACGAGAAGAUUACUUGGUGG